AAAUUCAGUUAGCCACAAAAACAAGACCAGUUUCAUUCUCUAUCCUGCGUAACUCCCUCAUCUCUAGGGUUUAUUCCACGCUAACCAGCAAUCCACCACCACCACUUCCGCCACCAUGGAGUUCAUUAAAAAACGCAAAGCCGACGAAAACGGCAUCUCAAUCCCCACUGGCACCUCUCCACCAUCUCCAAUAACUCCUCUAACGCCCGAAGAAAUCCGUAAAAUCCUCGAACCCUUCACAAAAGACCAACUAUUAGACAUCCUCCAAUCGGCCACACUCCACCACUCUGACAUCCUUAACUCUGUCCGUUCCGUAGCGGAUGGCGACAUCUCCCUCCGAAAGCUCUUCAUUCGCGGCCUCUCUUCCGAAACAACCUCGGAUACCCUCCGAAUUCUAUUUUCUUCCUUCGGAGAACUCGAAGAAGCUAUUGUUAUCCAUGACAAGAACACAGGUAAGUCGAAAGGUUUCGGGUUUAUUACUUUCAAACAUGUGGACUCUGCUAUGCUUUCUAUUAGAGAACCUAGUAAAAAAAUUGAUGGAAGGAUUACUGUUACUCAAUUAGCAUCGAAUAAUUCGAGUACCGGUGAUGUUUCGCUAAGGAAAGUUUAUGUUGGGAACGUGCCUUUUGAGAUUACCUCGGAGAGGUUGUUAGGGUUUUUCUCAAUGUAUGGUGAGAUUGAAGAAGGCCCGCUUGGAUUUGAUAAAUCUACUGGGAAAUCAAAAGGUUUUGCCUUUCUUAUAUACAAGUCUGAGGAUGGGGCAAAGGCUGCGAUUGCUGAUCCUAUGAAAAAUAUUGAUGGGCAUCAAGUUGUUUGUAAAUUAGCUGUUGAUAACAAGAGGGUUAAUAAGACUAGUCAGGGCGGUCCAAAUGCACAAAAUUCACAGCCAUUAGCGCAUCCAUCGUUCCCACAACCACAACCACAACCACAACCACAAAAUUCGAUUGGCGGGGUAACAGGAAGUUUACAAAAUUAUGGGCCUGCUAGUAACAGCUAUCAGUUGAAUACUUCAUUGACGAGUUCUGGGUAUAAUGGUGUUUAUAGGGUUCCGCCGUAUGUAGGGGUGGCUCCAAAUGAUGGUGGAUUGAACAAUGCAGGGGCUUCAAUGUAUAGAAUGCCACAGAGCACUGUUGGUACUGGUUCUGGGGUGUAUCCAGAUGCUGGGUCUUACGCGUUGUCUCAGCAACAGCAGCAUCAGCAGCCAUCCUCAAUGCCACUGCCUCCUAGAUUCCCACAUGGAGCUGGAGGAAUGUAUCAGGGUAUGCCACCACCAUAUUACUGAAGGUGUAUGAGAGCUUCUUGGGAACACAUGCUUUAAAUGGUUGUCGUGAUUUCCUGAAUGCAAGCAAUGAAAUCUUUAAUUUAAUUAUGUGGACUGCUGUGCUUUUGUUGCUGCUUCACUUCAUCUGCUUCCUUAAGAUGUGGUUGGAUUUGUGAUGGAUGCUACUUAAACUUUGCAAAAUUAGUUUCUAUCUGUAGAACGGGGCUUUUACAGAAGGAUUGUAGAACUUUUCUGCUAUGCCGGAAUUAAUGUUUAUCUAGAUUAUAAAUAUCCCUGUUUUUCUGGUUUUGCUACUCUUGCUCCUCAAGAAGAUUUUUGGUAUUUGAGGUUUCGUUGUUGGCUUUACC